ACUGAGAAUCACAUUCAGCCAACUUUUCUCCGAAAGGUUGAAAGAAAAAAUCCUCCACCAGCACCUGACGGCAUUGGUAUACAAGAAGAAAAGGCAUCGCGGAGUUUCAUUCGGAGGAAUGACGGGCAUCAACUUGCUAUCUACCGAAAUCCGCAGAAGAAGGCUGCGAGCAUCAAUCCGCCAAGAGGAUUUCGUCCUCAUCAUUUCUUUGGACCUGAAGCAGAUGUUCAACUGCCUGACGAGACUGACAGCGCACGUCACAUUCAAAGCAGCAGGAGCACACCCGGUUUUUCUUAUUCACAAUCUUCUGAGAUUCAGCAACAAGAAGAUCUACCUAACCUCCGACAGGGUGACGCUGCGGGUUUCGGACUACAAGUUCGGAGUGCAAGGAACCUACAGCGCAUGGUGUGCGGGAGCGCUUUUGAUGGCGCCGUGGCUGCUCGCGGCGCAGGUCGCGAUCAACAUUUGCUACGACGAGAGCGGAAAUUUGGAGGACGAGAGGAUCCGCGUAGCCAGGACGUGGAUCCGGACGGCGCAAGAGAUCAUCCGCAGCGAUUUUCGCGCGGCCAGGUGCUACGCGAUGAGGGACAUCGACGGGAUGUACCAGAAAAAAGAGCGAGCGGAGGACGAGAAGCCGGACUUUCUACAAGAUUUCGUUACGAGCAUCUACAAGCAGUUUCCCCAUGCGGAGAAAAGAAAAUCGGCAAUGGGCUGCGUCGACGACACGGAUCUGGAGUUAGUCUUCCGCCAGGCCGACACCACAAGCAGGCUGCCGACCGUAAUCAACAUGGUAACGGAGCAUUUCGAAAUUAUGGCAGAAGUAACCAAAACGUUUAUAGCAAUCAACAAGUGCGAAGCGGUAGUAAUCAGCUUCGAGGACUCCGCGGACGCCGCUGCCGCCUGCAACGAGACGGCCCAAAAGGUCCAGCAAAGCCUAAAAAUUUUCGGGAAAGCGAUAAAGUUGGUGAAAAGCGUAAAGCUAUUCGGAUUCCCAGUCGCGUGCCAGGUCGGAAGAAGCUACACAGCCCUGUGCCGCAGAUUGAUCGGGUACGCGUUGCCGAUAGUCAGGGAAUCGUUCCGCAUUCUAGGAAACAAGCCGAAACACGCGGAGUUCAAACUGAUACCGGGUUGGGCAACCAUCAGUAAAGUGAGACACCUGCUGGUCGUUCUCAAAAGGUAUGACGAGCCGCUUUUCGACGAGAUGACGUGCGAAAUUGGCAAGAAGCUGAUGAACUUCUACGGAGUCUCCGACGCACUACAGGAAGAAUUCAAAAGCGGGUUUUUGGAAGUAGAAGGGAAGACAGUCUCCGCCGCGGAUAUCUUCUUUGCCGGUUUUUUGGGAAACAAAAACUGGAAAGAAAAGGUAGGCCGGACCUUCAGAAAAGCGGUAACAAGCGAGCUAGCGAUUCUCGGAGAUAAAAAGUGUGACUUCCUCCUAGAAGCGGCCGGGUGGGGUUUGAAUCCCGAUGAAGAAGAGACGAGGAGAAAUCUGCUACACGACGAAAGCAUGCGGGUUGCCUUCCCAAGCAAAGUAAGCUACGAUCUUCUCCGAGCAAGAUCGGUUUUAAAAAUCGGGGGCGCCUCGAUUGUUCUAGAAGGGGAAAACGACGACGCGCCCACCUACGACUACACAACAGACGACGCGAUCCACCGCGGGAGAAAUAACUCCGCAUACUUGAGAACUUUCGACGGCAAAUACUUCGCAGCGUCCCUUCGCCCGCCCGACGUCGAGCUGCUGAAGAUCAGGGACGCCGGUAACGUGACCUACGCGGCAAACGCUGCGGAGUUAGUACGCCGCCACGGACAACUCCUUAAGGGACGGACGACCUGGAUUUUCUCUCUGCCGGAAGCGGCGAUAAAUGGCAGCUCAGCCAUCACGCACGAGCUUUACUCUGCCGUUGCUUCCGCAACGCAGAAAAAACAGAGCCCAGCGGCGUCUGGACCCCGAGUCCAAAUCUCGUCGAGCAGUAUUGUUUGGAACCAGAGAAGAUGGGCAAGGAUCGUUCCAGCGACUACUAGUAGCGCCGCGCACCAGUAUAUCAACCCCCUCGCCUGGGAAUCCGGAGAUCCGAUAGCGAAUGAUCUGUCCGAGGAGAUCCACGACAUCUUCGAAGAUACCUACAUCCUCGGAGAUGAAGAGGCACAAGAGGACGAACGGAUAGGAACGAAAAAGAGAAAGGAAGAAAUCGUCGAGAAAUUUACGAAUUUGCUUAUCCGGGAAGGAUUCCGCGACGCCGCGGAACCGCCGCUGCCGGGGGACCCGAUGGAGAUCGAAGAUUUGAUGGCUUGA